UCACAAGACCUCGCUCGCAGCUCGGAGUGUGUGUGAAGCAGACACACACAUCACUUUGGUGUUAUGUAGUGUGUCUGGACGGCAUAAUUGGCACUAUGGCUGCGAAGAAGCAACACUUACGGGUCUUCUGGAGCGGAAGAGGCGACUGUGUAAUGUGAUUUUUCUCCCCUUAGAUAUCACGCAACAGAACAAAAGCUCAAAGAACCGUUGACGUUACUUGACAGCGGUUGUUUUUGUUGUCGGCGGUUGGUUAGCAUUGUUAGCACGUUAGCCGAUAAGCUAAGCAGGUUCCCUCUGCUGAGCCUGUUGUCGGCGGUUGGUUAGCAUUGUUAGCACCUUAACCGCUAAGCAGGUUCCAUCUGCUGAGCCUGUUGUUGUCGGCGGUUGGUUAGCAUCGUUAGCCGCUAAGCCAAGCAGGUUCCCUCUGCUCAUCUGGCCGGGUUUGGACGGUGGGAGCCCGGGUUGGUGGGUGAUGUUGUCCGUGCUGUCCUACGGUAGACUGCUAGCCAGAGCUGUCAUCGGCGGACUCUCUCAGACCGACGGCCGCGACUACAGCCUGGUGACGGCGAGCUGCGGCUUCGGGAAGGACUUUCGGAAAGGCAUCCUGAAGAAAGGGAUGUGUUAUGGGGACGACGCGUGCUUCAUCGCCCGACACAGAUCCGCCGAUGUUCUGGGUGUGGCAGAUGGAGUGGGCGGCUGGCGGGACUAUGGAGUGGACCCGUCUCAGUUCUCGGGGACGCUGAUGAAGACGUGUGAGCGGCUGGUGAAGGAGGGCCGCUUCGUCCCCAGUAACCCGGUGGGGGUCCUCACCAGCAGCUACUACGAGCUGCUGCAGAACAAAGUGCCGCUGCUGGGCAGCAGCACGGCCUGCAUCGUGGUUCUGGACCGGCGGAGCCACCGUCUGCACACGGCUAACCUCGGGGACUCUGGGUUCCUGGUGGUGCGGGGGGGGGAGGUGGUGCAUCGCUCCGACGAGCAGCAGCACUACUUCAACACGCCCUUCCAGCUGUCCAUCGCCCCCCCGGGAGCCGAGGGGGCCGUGCUCAGCGACAGUCCGGAGGCGGCGGACAGCUCUUCGUUCGACGUGCAGCUCGGAGACAUCAUCCUCACGGCGAGCGACGGCCUCUUCGACAACAUGCCCGACUACAUGAUCCUGCAGGAGCUCAAGAAACUCAAGAACACGAACAUAGAGAGCGUUCAGCAGACGGCGCGCAGCAUCGCCGAGCAGGCCCACGUCCUGGCGUACGAUCCAAACUACAUGUCGCCUUUCGCUCAGUUCGCCUGCGACAACGGCCUCAACGUGAGAGGGGGAAAGCCUGAUGACAUCACAGUGCUGCUCUCUAUAGUGGCUGAAUACACCGACUAGAGUCUGCAGCUGAUGGACUGCUUUGAUUCCUGCUGGCCAGGAUGAAGGACAGAUUCUUCCCAGCAUGCACUGGCUCUCCAGCUGACCCCCCCCAAAAAGACUCUUCUCCAGAGAGAGGCUGGAUAACAGAGGGGGGGGGGGGCAGGCAGGCAGGCAGAGGACAGACACUGGGACCGGCUGCUGAGUGUAAUCCUUUUCCUGAGGAUCAGCAGACGAGGAUAAACGGUGUCUGGUGGAGGUUUGUUGGGAGGAGGGUCAGACGUGGGCAGACGGACGGUGUUCGACUGUUAAAGGUGCUCCAUGUCAGUAGAGAUCUGCACAGGAGGCGGCAGCGUCAGGAAGGGAUGCACCGAUUGGGAAAUUCUGCGCUAAAAUCAAUGUUUUUGUGCCAGGGAAACAACAACACCUGAGUCAUGAAACAGCCCUUCAUUAUCUUUGACUGCCAACAACAUAAACUCAAACCAACAGCCUUCAUCUACUGGAAAGAUAUUAUUUCCUUCUUCUCAUUUUUGGAUAACAAAUGCUUUUAAAGCCAUUUUAGUUGGUAAAAACGUCCUAUAAAUGUAACAACGAUUAAACAUAAUGUCACCCUC